AUGUCUGCCUCAAACAACACCGCUGAUCGUGAAGCUAAGCUGCAGCGCAAUCCUCACGGAGAUUUCAAUGCGGUCGAGAAGUCGCGCCCUGAGUUCGAGGAGGAUGUGGAGUUCCACUACACUCGCACGAAGGACAUUGAAUGGGUCCCUGGCUCGGGUGCGACCAGCGACGACUGGAAGAAGCACAAGAAGAUUGCGGUUGAUCCGUAUGCGGAAGGCCGUGAUCCUUUGAACAACUACAAGCUGCUGAUUGCCGGAAUUGUUCCUCGCCCGAUUGGCUUCGUCUCGACCGAGUCCAAGGCUGGUAUUCGCAACUUGGCGCCUUUCAGUUACACUACCUUUGUUCACCACGACCCUCCUAUUUUCUGCAUCGGCUUUGCGUCGUCGGUUGCGGCAGCCAAGGACACGCUGGCGAACAUUAUGGAGACUGGAGAGCUUACGAUCAACAUUAUCUCCGAGUGGUUUGUGGAAGCGGCGAAUUACACUGCGACCAACGCACCGCCCGAGAUUUCGGAGUGGGAUGUGUCUGGACUUACACCGCUUGCGUCGGAGAAGGUGAAGCCGCCUCAUGUGGGAGAGUCUGCGUUCUCGGUGGAGGCGAAGCUGGUUACUCACCACGAGUGGAUCUCGAAGGUGACUGGCAAGGCUAAUGGUACGCUUGUGAUUGUGGAGGGUGUUAACUUCCACAUUCGUGAGGACGCGACCAACGAGAGUUUCACGACGCUUGAUCCCAAGAUCCUGAAGCCGAUCUCGAGAUUGGGCGGAAUCACUUACGGACGAACGACUCAGGCGUUUGAGAUGCUGCGUCCUUCGUGGGCCGAUGAGGAGAAGAGAGAGGAGGUGAAGAAGAUUUUGGAAAAGUAA